AUGACUGUGACAGCGACAAAGACGACCCAAACAGUGACAACAGUGAAGACCUCUGGGUCUCCAUCACCGCCAAUUCCAACCAAACCUACGACAUCAGGAGUAGAGCGGACACCCUUGGUGACCAGUUCUAAAACCACAAAGGUUGUAACCACAGUUGUCACAGAAACAACCGCACAACCACCAUCAGGGGAGACCACUCCUGAGUACUGUAUCCUGGAGGAUGGAAUGAAGGAUCCACAACUUUUGCCAGAUGAUUCUAUCCAGGUGUCUCAGCUUGACCCCUCAAGUUCUCCUGAAGAUAUCCGUCCUGAAGGAAAGUCAGCCAUAAUCCCUGUGGACACAGCUAACCCUCCUUACAUCCAACUGGAUCUGACUCCCAAUGGUGAAGACCCCGUUGUUGUUGGCAGAGUGGUUGUAACAGGAAAUGUUGGCCGUGUAGCCAUUGAGAAGAGAGAUAACCCAACUGAAGAGUUCACCAACCCAUCUGGAACAGAUUCUUUUGAAGUUCCAGAAAAUGGUGAAAUCCAACUGCCCAAGGACUUCACUGCUUCAGACAUUCGCAUCACACUUUUGGAACCGAAACAGGAAGAAGCUGUUCAGACCCCAGUAGAGAAUUAUGAAGUGGAGCUGGAAGUGUUCUGCUGUUAUGAGCGAAAAGCUCCCAUACCAACCACAACAGACUCAGGUGUCUUGGCACCUUCUUGGAGUACAACUGGUUUGAUUGUCACAGAAGCCACCCCACAACCACCAUCAGGGGAGACAACUCCUGAGUACUGUACCCUGGAGGAUGGCAUGAAGGACCCACAACUUUUGCCAGAUGAUUCUAUCCAGGUGUCUCAGCUUGACCCCUCAAGCUCUCCUCAAGAUAUCCGUCCUGAAGGAAAGUCAGCCAUAAUCCCUGUGGACACAGCUAACCCUCCUUACAUCCAACUGGAUCUGACCCCCAAUGAUGAAGACCCCGUUGUUGUUGGCAGAGUGGUUGUGACAGGAAAUGUUGGCCGAGUAGCCAUUGAGAAGAGAGAUACCCCAACUGAAGAAUUCACCAACCCAUCUGGAAGAGAUUCUUUUGAAGUUCCAGAAAAUGGUGAAAUCCAACUGCCCAAGGACUUCACUGCUUCAGACAUCCGUAUCACACUUUUGGAACCGAAACAGGAAGAAACUGGUCAGACUCCAGUAGAGAAUUAUGAAGUGGAACUGGAAGUGUUCUGCUGUUAUGAACCUAGAGUGACCACAAGCGCGAUGGUGAUACCGCCAACCACACCCAUUGGUCAAACCACACCUGCAGCAGAGAAAACCACCAAAGUCACCACAUCGGAGACAACCACUGUUGUCACCACAGUUGUCACAGAAGCCACCACACAACCCCCAUCAGGGGAGACCACUCCUGAGUACUGUACCUUGGAGGAUGGAAUGAAGGACCCACAACGUUUACCAGAUGGUUCUAUCCAGGUGUCUCAGCUUGACCCCUCAAGUUCUCCUCAAGAUAUCCGUCCUGAAGGAAAGUCAGCCAUAAUCCCUGUGGACACAGCUAAUCCUCCUUACAUCCAAUUGGAUCUGACUCCCAAUGGUGAAGACCCCGUUGUUGUUGGCAGAGUGGUUGUGACAGGAAAUGUUGGCCGUGUAGUCAUUGAGAAGAGAGACAACCCAACUGAAGAAUUCACCAACCCAUCUGGAACAGAUUCUUAUGAAGUUCCAGAAAAUGGUGAAAUCCAACUGCCCAAGGACUUCACUGCUUCAGACAUCCGCAUCACACUUUUGGAACCCAAACAGGAAGAAGCUGUUCAGACUCCAGUAGAGAAUUAUGAAGUGGAACUGGAAGUGUUCUGCUGUUAUGAACCUAAAGUGACCACGACCAAGACAACCCAGACAGUGACAACGGUUAAGACAUCUGGGUCUCCUUCGCCGCCCAUUUCGACCAGACCUACAACAUCAGCAGUAGAGAAGACCCCCUUGGUCACCAGUUCUGAAACCUCCACAGUGGUCACCAAAGUUAUCACAGAAGCCACCACACAACCACCAUCAGGGGAGACAACUCCUGAGUACUGUACCCUGGAGGAUGGGAUGAAGGACCCACAACGUUUACCAGAUAAUUCCAUCCAGGUGUCUCAGCUUGACCCCUCAAGUUCUCCUAAAGAUAUCCGUCCUGAAGGAAAGUCUGCCAUAAUCCCUGUGGACACAGCUAAUCCUCCUUACAUCCAACUGGAUCUGACUCCCAAUGGUGAAGACCCCGUUGUUGUUGGCAGAGUGGUUGUGACAGGAAAUGUUGGCCGUGUAGCCAUUGAGAAGAGAGAUAACCCAACUGAAGAAUUCACCAACCCAUCUGGAACAGAUUCUUAUGAAGUCCCAGAAAAUGGUGAAAUCCGACUGCCCAAGGACUUCACUGCUUCAGACAUCCGCAUCACACUUUUGGAACCGAAACAGGAAGAAGCUGGUCAGACUCCAGUAGAGAAUUAUGAAGUGGAGCUGGAAGUGUUCUGCUGUUAUGAGCCUAAAGUGACAACGACAACAAUGACCAAGACUGUGACAACGACUGUGUCACCUCCCCCAUCUGGUGAAGAGAGUACACCUUUCGUUCAGAUUACAACUGUCAUUACAACAGUCUCACCUAGUGGAGAGGAAACAACCACAACAACAACGGUGACUGGGCCUCCAGCCACAACCGUGGCUCUUACAACAGGUGGGCAAACGGAGAGACCUCUGCCAACCACAUCAGUUCCUACUACACCUGGACAAACACCUUUUGAAACUGAAGGACCAACAGCUGUACCAACUACCUCAGCUCCUACAACACCUGGACAGACUACUCGACCAACACCUGUGCAGACUGAGGGACCAACACCUGUACAGACUCAUGGACCAACACCUGUGCCAACCACCUCAGCACCUACAACACCUGUACAGACUGAGGGACCAACACCUGUGCCAACAACCACAUCACCCACACCAACCACAACAAAGACGGAUGUUUCGGCACCUUCUUGGAGUACAACAGGUUCAAUUGUCUCUGAGGAGCCCACACAACCACCAUCAGGGGAGACAACUCCUGAGUACUGUACCAUGGAGGAUGGAAUGAAGGACCCACAACUUUUGCCAGAUGAUUCUAUCCAGGUGUCUCAGCUUGACCCCUCAAGCUCUCCUCAAGAUAUCCGUCCUGAAGGAAAGUCAGCCAUAAUCCCUGUGGACACCGCUAAUCCUCCUUACAUCCAACUGGAUCUGACUCCCAAUGGUGAAGACCCCGUUGUUGUUGGCAGGGUGAUAGUCACAGGAAAUGUUGGCCGUGUAGCCAUUGAGAAGAGAAAUGACCCAACUGAAGAAUUUGCUAAUCCAUCUGGAAGACAAUCUUAUGAAGUCCCAGAAAAUGGUGAAAUCCAACUGCCCAAGGACUUCACUGCUUCAGACAUCCGAAUCACACUUUUGGAACCCAAACAGGAAGAAGUUAGUCAGACUCCAGCAGAGAAUUAUGAAGUGGAACUGGAAGUGUUCUGCUGUUAUGAGCGUAAAGGGAUGCAGACUGAGGGACCAACACCAGUACAGACUGAGGGACCCACACCUGUGCCAACCACUGCAGCUCCUACAACUCGUCAACUAACACCUGUGCAGACAGUACGGCCAACACUUGUGCAGACUGAGGGGCCAACACCUGUGCAGACUGAGGGACCAACACCUGUGCCGACCACUGCAGCUCCUACAACAGCUGUACAGACUGAGGGACCAACGCCUGUAGAGACUGAAGGACCAACACCUGUGCAGACAGAGGGGCCAACAUCUGUACAGACUACUGGACCAACAUCUGUGCCAACCACUGCUACUCCUACAACAGCUGAACAGAAUGAGGAACCAACACCCGUUCCAUCCACUGCACCUCCUUCAACAACCGGUCAAACACCUGAAGGCAGAACAGGACAACCUGUAACAACACCCGUAACAACUGGAGGAUCAACAGCUGUGCCAACCACUAAAGCUCAAAAUAUUUCAACUACAACAGAUUCAGGUGUUUUGGCGCCUUCUUGGAGUACAGCAGGUUCCAAUUUCACUGAGGAGACCACACAAGAGACCACCCCUGAGUAUUGUACCAUGGAGGAUGGAAUGAAGGACCCACAACUUUUGCCAGAUGAUUCUAUCCAGGUGUCUCAGCUUGACCCCUCAAGCUCUCCUCAAGAUAUCCGUCCUGAAGGAAAGUCAGCCAUAAUUCCUGUGGACACAGCUAAUCCUCCUUACAUCCAACUGGAUCUGACUCCCAAUGGUGAAGACCCCGUUGUUGUUGGCAGAGUGGUUGUCACAGGAAAUGUUGGUCGUGUAACCAUUGAGAAGAGAAACAACCCAACUGAAGAAUUCACCAGCCCACCUGGAAUAGAUUCUUAUGAAGUCCCAGAAAAUGGUGAAAUCCAACUGCCCAAGGACUUCACUGCCUCAGACAUCCGUAUCACACUUUUGGAACCGAAACAGGAAGAAACUGGUCAGACCCCAGUAGAGAAUUAUGAAGUGGAACUGGAAGGAUGCAGACUGAGGGACCAACACCUGUACAGACUGAGAGACCCACACCUGUGCCAACGACUGCUGCUCCUACAACUGCAGAACCAACACCUGUGCAGACUGCAGAACCAACACCUAUGCAGACUGAGGGGACCAACACCUGUACGGACUGCUAAACCACCAGUAACAACAAGUCAACAAACCGAAGGACCAACACCAGCAGGAACUACUGCAGUUGUUUUAACACCCAAACAAACAACCUCACCAGCUGUUAGCACAACCGUGCACGUCACUCCACCGCCGGGGAGCUCUGUUCCAACAAGUCCAGUUCCAGUUUCAUCACCAGCUGGACCCCGUGAACAGAGCACUCCCGUGAGGACAACAGCUGCAACCUUGGCCACAACAGAACAAGAUUUGGAGAUAACAACAAGAGUUGCCAUGACAACAAAGGGGACCAGAUCUACAGCUAUUCCCUCUGUCACAACCACAUCAAAUCCAAAUGUGUCUGGGACAACUGCUGAAUCUCUCACUACCCCUGAGUACUGUACUCUGGAGGAUGGAAUGAAAGAUCCAGAACUUUUACCAGAUGGCUCAAUUCAGGUGUCUCAGCUUGACCCCUCAAGCUCUCCUCAAGAUAUCCGUCCUGAAGGAAAGUCAGCCAUAAUCCCUGUGGACACAGCUAAUCCUCCUUACAUCCAACUGGAUCUGACUCCCAAUGGUGAAGAACCAGUUGUUGUUGGCAGAGUGGUUGUCACAGGAAAUGUUGGCCGUGUAGCCAUUGAGAAGAGAGUUAAACCAACUGAAGAAUUCGCUAUCCAUCUGGAACACAAUCUUAUGAAGUCCCAGAAAAUGGUGAAAUCCAACUGCCCAAGGACUUCACCGCUUCAGACAUCCGAAUCACACUUUUGGAACCGAAACAGGAAGAAGUUGGUCAGACUCCAGCAGAGAAUUAUGAAGUGGAACUGGAAGUGUUUUGCUGUUAUGAGCGUAAAGUUUCUGUGAGGACGACAGUCAUCCCUGAAAUCACCACAAGUGAACUAACUCUAGAGUCAACUAAACCUGUGUUAACCACCACAACUGUCACAACAUCUGGACAAACACCUGUGCAAACUGAAAGACCAACACCUGUACCUACCACUGCAGCUCCUACAACACCUGGCCAAACACCUGUGC